GCCAAGUGCAUGGUCGUGAGAUCGCGGCUUAUUUCCAGGCAGUCUAUAAAUCCGAGUGUCUAUCACGGUAUCGUCGGGAGACAUUAGUUCCAAUUUUUCGUGUAUUUUUUCGUGGAAUUCUUCAUCACAGCGAGUAAUACCGAAUAGAAGUUCAAUCUUACGAGAAUAUCGACCUAUUUUCAAAAAAACCAGAGUAAACUUUAGUAUACGACUGGGCUUAAAGAAAAGAGACAAAAAAACGAAAAAAAAUUGCCUCUUGAACAGGAGAAUCAAACGCGAUCGUCUAUCAACUGUUUAAUACCGCAACCGCGGAUAGAGAGACAAUCAGUCAUGGCUGCUAUGUCCGUGAUUGGAAUUGACUUUGGCAACGAGAGCUGCUAUGUCGCCGUUGCUAGAGCCGGCGGUAUAGAAACGAUCGCCAAUGAUUACAGCCUACGCGGCACUCCAUCAUGCGUGGCAUUCAGUGGAAAGAAUCGAAUCCUUGGAGUUGCAGCCAAGAAUCAAAUGGUGACGAAUAUGAAAAAUACUAUUUAUGGAUUCAAACGAUUAUUAGGAAGAAAAUACAACGACCCACAGGCCCAGAGAGAACUUCGCUCACUGUCAUACAAAACUAGCCCACAGCCGGAUGGUUCGAUUGGUAUUCAUGUACAAUAUUUGGGAGAAGAGCACAUUUUUUCACCGGAGCAAAUAACGGCAAUGCUCUUUACAAAAUUAAAAGAAAUAUCCGAAACAGCCUUGCAAACUGUCGUGAAUGAUUGUGUGAUUUCCGUACCAUCGUAUUUCACCCAAAAUGAGAGACAAGCUCUUUUGGAUGCAGCUCGCAUUGCUGGCCUUAAUGUCCUACGUCUCCUCAACGAGACAACAGCCACUGCGCUGUGUUAUGGUAUCUACAAGCAGGAUUUACCAGCAAUUGAUGCACCACCUCGAAACGUUGUUUUCGUUGACGCAGGUUAUGCCAGUCUUCAAGUGAGCGUGUGUGCUUUCCACAAAGGAAAACUCAAGAUGCUGGCGAGUGCAGCGGACAGUAACCUCGGUGGACGCGAUAUCGACAUCAUCCUCGCGGACCAUUUUUGCAAAGACUUCCUAGCGCGUUACAAAAUCGACGCUCACACGAAUCCACGUGCCUAUCUACGUCUCCUUGCCGAAGUGGAGAAACUUAAAAAACAAAUGUCCGCUAACUCGACAAAACUUCCACUGAACAUCGAGUGUUUCAUGGACGAGAAAGACGUCCAUGGUGAUAUGCAGCGUCCGGAUAUGGAACAAAUGUGCGCUCAUAUUUUCAAACGCGUCGAGGCAACGUUUAGACAAUGUCUUCUCGAUUCAAAAUUAAAACUGGACGAGAUACAUUCGGUGGAAUUGGCUGGAGGGUCGAGUCGAGUCCCAUUAAUUAAAAAAUUGGUUGAGGAAGUUUUCUGCAAGCCACCGUCGACGACUUUGAACCAAGAUGAAUCCGUAGCUCGUGGUUGCGCUCUCCAGUGCGCGAUGCUCAGUCCAGCGGUGAGAGUCCGUGAUUUCUCGGUCACUGACAUUCAGCCCUAUGCAAUCAAAAUCGUUUGGGAUCAGAGCCAGGGCGACAAAGGAGAAAUGGAGAUUUUCGAAUACAAUCAUCAAGUCCCAUAUUCAAAGAAUUUGACUAUAUAUCAAUCGGCUCCGUUCAGUUUGAUUGCGAGUUACGUGACACCUCCACCAACGUAUCCGCAAGCUCACAUAGGUGUUUUUCAAAUAAACAACGUAAAACCAACGCCCGAAGGUGAGCCUUCAAAAGUAAAGAUCAAGGUGCGCCUGAACCUAAAUGGAAUUUUGACAAUCGCUUCGGCAUCAUUGGUGGAAAAACGAGAGUUGACGCAGCAGGAGAAGGAAGAGGAAGAGAAACAACAACAGGCAAACAACAUGGAAACGGAUGGUCAACAGGAAAAAAGGGACAAGGCAGAUCAAGAGGCUCAGGCGAACGAGCCACCAGCGCCCGAGGUGAUGGCUGAUAAGAGGCGGCGGGACUCUGAUGUCGGUGAUACUGGAAAAAGUGGCAAGGGGUCUGCCCCCUCGUAUUCGUCAAGGAUACUCUCUUGGUUCAGCUCGGGCGACGAUAAAGCUGAUGAUAGCAAGGGAAAGAAAAAAGUGCCUCUACGGAUGGUUGAUCUACCUGUAGAAGCUCGAGCUGGAGGUCUUGCUCAACGCGAUCUCGAUACCGCUAUUGAGAAAGAGUGCAAAAUGAUCGCCGAGGACAAACAAGAAAAAGAGCGCAUUGAUGCCCGGAACGCCCUUGAGGAAUACGUUUACGAUCUACGUUCAAAGAUUCAAGACGAGGAUCAACUGGCGACAUUCGUUGUAGAUUCCGAAAGAGAAUCCUUGAGUCGUACCCUUGACGAGACGGAAAAUUGGUUAUACGAAGAAGGCGAAGAAUGUAAUCGACAAGUCUACAGUGAUGGUCUCUCGAAUCUCAAGGCAAAGGGCGAACCUAUCAAAGAGAGAAAGAUGGAAUUCGAAGGUAGAAAUUUGGCCUUGAACGAGCUGUCGGUUGCUCUGCAGCAUGCGAAAAUGGGCUACGAUCAAAUAAAAGCAUCGCAAGGCAAAGACGACAAAUACUCUCACAUUACCGAUGAUGAGCUCAAACAAGCCGGCAAAGCUAUCCAAGAAAAAUGGACGUGGUUGGACGAAGCUCAUGUUGUUUUUGCUAGCACACCACGUACACAACUUCCCAACAUUACCGUAGCACAGAUUCGUUCAGCAAAACAGACUUUGGACAACACUGUAAAGCCUAUACUCAACAAACCAAAACCGAAAGUUGAGGCUCCUAAGACAGAGGAAAAAUCAAAGGACAAACCGAGCGAGGACCAAAAAUCUCAUCCGCAGAACAGUCAAAGUGGAGAGUGUCCAAACGCAAAUAAUCAACAACCAGCAAACGGUGACAAGAUGGACGUUGAGUAACGCUUGUAGAGCGAAGGAUGCGACAUAUUUGGGGAUCGCCGUUAAUCCGUAACUCAAGAAUAUUGUCCCGCCAGAUUAAAAAAAAAAAAACGCAUUGAAUGCUGCCGCGAAAACAACAGAAAAAAUAAAGAGCGAGAAUUGACGAGUACUUAAAAGUCUACGGUUCAUCCUCUCGUCACUGUAAACGCAUAUUUAAUCGUCUCGAAAAAAGUACAACCCCAAGAUAAACACAAAAGAAAACUCGAAGAUGAUAAAAAAAAAAUUGCGAAAAACAUACGACUGUUUUUCUUACGCAUACCGAUGUGCACCGUGUUUACAUACACCGCAGCGUGGAUACCACAAAACUCGUUCAUACACCAUUUACUAUUACAUACUGCUACUACUACUAGUCUCCGAAAGACUCACUGCAAAUUAAAACAUUACGAAAAGUUUUUCGCGACACGACAUUCUAAUAACGCUAUGGAAUCGAAACUGUUUGCCUUCCUUUCCUAUCAUAAAAAAGUCUAUACCUCAAGCUCAUGAUAACGUCGAGAAACAGGGAAGACUGUUGAAAUCACUCGCAGCUAAACUCACUAUAAAAUUUUUUCGCGAAAGAAAAAACAACAAAACUCGCAUAAUACCAUAAUAUGAGAUCGACCUUUUGACUUUGUGUUUCAUUCGACGGACUCUAAGCACUUUUGCGCUAUAAUUGGCCAUGUUGAACGAGAAAGACAUUGGACAACGUUACAAAGAUUUUCCUAUCCCUGAAGGUUUAAUGACAGCAGCAGUAGCGGUAAUUAUGCUACAUCUAAUAAACUAAAUUAAAUAACGAAAUAAAGAAAGACGAUGAAAAUAAGGAAUAGGUAAUAUCGCUGGCGAUUUUAUGUAUUUAACGGUACAUCGAUCAUUCAUUCCACGGUCCGAAGGGACACGUAUCUUCUUUUUUUUCUAUAAACAACGAUUUGUUGGAAAAUUAACGCAAGAAUAAUCUUUAAAUGCACAGCAGAGGUAAAUCGAUCUUGUUCUAAUUUUUUCUACGUUCUCGCUUUUAUCAUUUCAGUCCGUAUCGUAAAGAUAGACUUAUCUCCAUUGAUGUUCAAUCAUGAUUUCUCUUUAUUAAACCAAUUCCGACAAUUUGAUCGAUGACGCCGUUGUUUAUGUACCAGUCGUAGUUUAAUAUCGCAUUGUGAUUAUUUAUGCUAAAUAAAUGAUUAAAUAAUUUAAA